AUGCAAAGCGGAAGACAAGAUGAUACUACCAGCGGAACGGUAGUUAUCCAUGCUUCUUUUGUUGCGGAAGGUCAUGAUGCUGGCGCUGGUGGCGCUGAUUCUUUCAUAGGUUCUCAACCCGUUAUUAACUUAGCAGAUCCUGACAAUACUGUUAACCCUCUCAAAGUAGUAACUUUUAGUUUCUUUGCAGGUGGUUGGGUGGCCGCAGUAGGCCUAUUUAUGUACGCUGCAAUCAAAGCCUAUAUUGUCAUUAGCCCAACAAUUCAGUCCUACGAGUUAAUCAACGUCUAUGGCGUGCAACUACAGUUUAUAAUUAUGGCCAGUUUAGCCGGUCUUAUUGGAUUGGCUGGAUUCAUUUAUCUUGCUUGGCACUACUAUGAGACUGGUAUAGGUAAAUUAGUGGAAUCCAAAAAACGGGCGCUGUACACCGCAAUAGCCGUAUUGCUCGGUUUAUUUAGUGCUGCUGUACUGGCCGCGUUUAUUUGGUUAGUUGGUUUUGGAGUAGAUCGAAUUCUUGAAAAUCCCAGUACUAUGGGUAUAGCAUUGGCUGUUGGUGGAGGCUUGUUGGCUGUUCUUUCUAUAGGACACAUGAUCUACCAGGCUUUUGUGCUAAGGAAAGUAAACAGCGAGGGGGAAAAUGAUAAAAGGUGGUCUUGGAAUGCUAUUCUGUCUGUUAUCAUAGUUAUAGUGAUUGCCGCUGUCGCAAUUGGUCUUGUUGUUUGGGGAGUCCUUUUAGCUCGACAUGUUGGACUUGACUUUUCGAUGACUAGAACAGUUGGGCCAGUAACUCAAGACAUUCUAAACAACGCAGAGAAGAACUACCUACUGGCUAAACACAAGAAAAUGCAUGAGAUUAGCACUGCCUACGAAAAGGACUUAGCAGAUAAUAUCCAGAAGAACAAGGAAAGUCUGGAGAAGUUGGAGGAGUUAGGAGUCACAAAACAAAACCUUACUAACGAUCUUAAAAAAGCCGCUACUGAUCAAGCCCGGGAGGAAAUUCAGAAGAAGAUCAACGACUUACAAACACAGAUUGUUGCACACAAUGAUGCCGCGGUUAUGGAAGAAGCUGCCCGUAUCGCGCAAAUGGAUCCUCAUCUGAGAGCGCUCGAUCAGGCCAACGAAUUAGCGAAACCACUGAUCAAAAAGGUGGAAGACUUUGAGAAGACCGUAACAAGUGGCAAGGCGUUUAUCGAGAAAUAUGGGAAGGACGUCGCGCCCGCACUCGAAAACUCUACAAAAGUUAUCCAGGAUCGUCUUGAUGAGGCCUUGAUUGACCUUCAAAGGCAUAAUACUAAUAUUAUUCAACCUUUACAGCGGGAAUACGAUGCGUUCUUGAACACUCAAAGUCUGGUUGCUGAUAAAAAGAAGAUUUUUGAUCUAGCCCACGAGCAUUUAAAGUUAUCUGCAAAUGGUGCCAAACGCCUUAUCUAUUCUAACGGCUCUGUCUAUGCGGUUGAAAACCUAGCCAAGCAGCCUAUAGAUUUUAUCAUGUAUGCUCCAGUUGACCUACCCAAUGCUAAACCCGAAGAAGUACUAUCUACGAUGCCCCAACUCAAUACUAACCCUCAAAUUGGUGACGUUACCAACAACAUUGGCUAA